AACUUGUUGUAGAUUCCCACUUUUGGGGAAAUCCCCCAUCUCGUCUUCUCUUUGUGCAGUACGAGAAGGAAAAUACCAGUUAUGAUGUUGAAACCCUGCAGGACGAAGAGGGAGAACUGCUGGAGUUCCCAGCAACCGCUGAGCUUCUCUCCAAGAAAACUUUAAAUGCCUCCACGGAAGAACUCUUAGCAACCCUGCAGGGCCAGAUCGAGUCCCUAACCCAGAAGAACAAAAAGCUAAUGGAAAAAAUACAGGUUCUGGAGAAAGAUGAGAAGGAGCAGAGCGAGGCUGACACUUCCGGGGAUUUCAUCCCUGUCAUUUUGUAUGACUCGCUCAGAUCUGAGUUCGAGAAGCUGAAAGGACAGCAGCUGGAGGCCCAAGAGCUUCUGAAGUCCCUGGAAAGCAACGGAACAGAUGGAAGCCCUCGUAAGCUCAUUUCCGCAGAGGCUUACGAGCAGCUGAAGGACGAUUACGAGAAGCAAAUCGCGGCCCUUAAAGAAGCUUUGGAGAAGAUCAGCCUCCCGGACGAUCAGAUCGGAGAGAACCGAGCGAUGGAGAGGAAAGCAGAGUCGGAACCGGAAGGGAAAAGCAAAUUCAACCCGGUAACCCGAGAACAGAUGGAGCAGCUGAUGAACGAGCUGAACGAGACCCAGGAGAAAUAUCAGGCAGCUUUGGCUGAAGUCAAGAUCCUUGAAGAUCAGAUCGAGCUGGGCAUCUUGUCCAUGGAGGAGAAAGAGAUGGAGGAGAGUUCCAGAAUUGAACUCGAGACAGUGAAGGCUACUCUCCACCAGACUCGGGAGGAGCUGAAGGAGCGAGAUCGGAAGAUGAAGGAUUUGGAGGGGCUGCUGAGGGUCCAAGAAGAAAGAGAGGCCCAAAACUGCUCCGUUGAGGCAUACGAGGAGGUGAAAGCCACCCUGGGUGCCUCCUUGGAUGCAAUGUCUCGGGAGAAAGAGGCCCUUCUUAAGAGAUGCACCUCUGUGGAAACAGAACUAAGAGAACUGAGGGCCUCCUUGGAGGAGGAGAGACACAAGGUGCUUGAAGGAAGGUCUUCAGUCAGCCAGGCUCUUCAGGAGGAGGCUACCAAGUUGCGAGAGCAGCUGAAGGCCGUGACGAAGCAACACGAAGAAGUGAAGGCUCACGUUGAGGAGCUCCGAGAAGGCCGGGAGAAGCUGGAAGAGGAGCUUCAAGGGACUAAGGAGAGGCUGGCUUCUCAGUUCGUCCCCAGAGUGGACCACGAAGAUGUAGUGGAGAAGUUGAAGGCCGCCCUCUCCGAGGCUGAGAAGAAGCUGCUGGAGAUGAAAGAGAAGUACACCUCCACCCAGACGGAGCUGGCAGAACUUCAGAAGACCACCGAGACGUACAGGCGAGAGUCGGUGCCCCUGGCCGAGCAUGCCCGGGCCAAGGAGGCCUUGGAGGGCACCUUGUGGGAGUUGAAGGCCAAAACAAAGCAGUUGGAGCAGGAGCUGAAAGCCAAAGCCCACGAGGCAUCCCAUCUCCAGGCCCAGCUGGACGAGGCCCGUCAAGGUGCCGUCUCCGCGGAGGCCCAAGAGCAGCUGAGGGCCACCUUGCAGGCCGAAAUCGAGGCCCUGAAGGCGAAGCUGAGCGACCUGGGCAGCAAGCAUGAACGGACCUGCACCGAAGUCUUCCAGGUGCAGCGGGAGGCCCUCUUCAUGAAGAGUGAGAAGCACGCGGCUGAGGCGCAGUUAGCCGCCGCCGAAAAGCAGCUGCAGAGCCUGCGGGCAGAGUCCGAACGUCUCCAGGAGCUGCACAGCCACAUCGAGGACUCUGCCAAGCUGGUUAAAGAGAAAGACAAGAAG